ACGGCGGGGCAGAAGGAACUCUAAAACCCACAAGGACCUUCAGAAACACCCUAGGAAGUUUGCACUUGAUUGCGUGAGCCACGAGUAGCCCGUCCUUGCAGUGCAAAUGCAGCAGACUUAAGAUGGGGAAAGAGAGGCUAGAGAAGGAUGGAACCUGCCUUAGAGGAAGAUGGAUAUACGGAUUGGACAGUACAUGUGGAAGGCAAUUUGGAAAUCAGACAAAGUCGAGCACAAAGCCGUGGAUACUGAGAGAGGGAGUGAGCAGUGUGUGAGACCGGCGGCAAGGGUGACCCUGGCACUUCUAAGAAGGCAGCAGCACAAUGGACUCUUCGAAAGAAGCAGUGUCAGUUUAUUCCCGCGUUGGCACCGCCCCCUCAGUGGGGCGGAAUGGCUUGUUUUCACCCUCCCUUUCCUGGAGUCUUUCAGACCAAACUUGUGUCCACAAUCGCUGGCAAUCUGAACCCUGAGUAACCUACGGACAGCCUUCCUGACCGGAGGCUCCGAGCCCGACACUCACCCGCUUGUCGGGUUGUCUGCCAAAGACUAGAGGCGCGGGAACCCUGGCUGCGGGGAGAGGGAACCCAGACUAUCGCCUCCGCCAGCCCAAGCGAGUGGCACAGCGUUUGAAACUCCCGGAGCUGCCCGAGUCGACGGGUGGGAAGGAGAAGCCAGCUGGGCAGGAAUGGCAGAGACUGAAAUAAGGUGUUCGCACGGUGUGGCCCACCAACUCCCCAGCCUCCUGCAAAGGCGUGGAGCAACUACGAGGAAUUUGACAACCUUUGCCUUCGGCGCCCUCUUGCCGACCCCACAACCCGAACACCACUACCUCCCCGAAGGAAGGACCGCUCCGUCCCGGAGUUGGGUCCCACUAGCAGAGCGUCUUCCGGGUCACUGCCGUCGACCUCUGGGCUUUGCUCCCUCCUCCCCGCCCACAGCUCCCCGCACGCGCCUGGCUCGCGGGGCUGCCAAACCCGCCCCCCUGCGGAGCAGCCUCGGGCACCGGGCACCCUACGGCCCAGCCCGCCCUCCCACGGGGCCUGCCGUCUUUUCCACUUCCGCGUGUGGCUGCAAAGGCGCGGCCCUCCACAGCGGUGAGGUGGCCUGCCAGAAGCCGGGGCCGGGAAAACAGUCGAAAAAUCGUUAUCAGUACGUAAUGUCGCUUGCGUUGCUUCCACGUCGCACAGUUCCACCCGUUUAUUCAGACUGGGGGCGCGGGCCCUUCGGGCGGGGCAGUGCAUCCCGGGGAAGGGCGCACGUAAAGCCACUGCACCUCCGGGCACCUCCAGGGCGAGCGGGCACGCCCCCGGGCCCCAGCCGUAGGGGGCGCAGGACGGCGGGCUGGGGGCUGGGGCUGGGGGCUGGGGGCUGGGGAGAGCGUCCCGGAGAACCUUGUAAAUCUCAAGGCCGCGUUCAGCUCUUCCCACCACCACCCCGCCCCACUCUUUUUUUUUCUUUUUUUUUAAUUUUCUUUCAAGCGAGUGGAGAGCCGUGGAGCUCGAUGCGUGGGAUUUCUACGUUCCCUUCGCCUGGCUUUUCUUUUCCCGGCACGAAAGCUCUGUCGCACACCUACUAUGUGCCACGUUGAGCGCCGGGCCCGGGAGGAGACCCGCUCUUUCCCGGUCCGCAGCGGAAAGCGGCGGCGGCCCGGGGGAGCCCCGAGAGGGCCGGGGACCGCGGCGCGUCCCGGCCGCGGGGGCCACGCU